AUGCUACAGAGCGGUGUGUCCCAGGUGCAGAGGCCGCGACACAUUACCGCCUCCACCCACGUGCUCGCCACCCGUCUCAAGCACAACACGGCGGAGCGUGUGACCGUUGGCAACACACCCCUGCACGUGCUUCAUCUCUGCGAUGUGCAGUGCGUCGCCCCACUCUUUGCCUCGUGCGUGUCGCUCACCACCAUGACGAUUCACUUGAAGUACGUGGCGUCGUCGACGGCAUUGGAGGCGCUGCUGUGUGCGGCGGCAACAUCCCCGACUCUGACGCACAUCUCUGUGAUAGGUGGGGUAACUUCGAUGGAGUCCGCGGCCAUGGCAUCUGGGCUUGCGGCGUUCACGUGGCAUGAGAGGAUGCACGCGCACAGAGUUUUGCGUGCCGAUGCCACCUCUGAAUCGCCGCUUCCGCGGACGGUUCGCCGCGUGCCGUCCGCGCUGGAGGGCUAUCCUGUCAUGAGCGGUCGGGGCGGAGAGCGAGGAAGCGCGCGUUGGCGUCGGUGCCCGUCCUCCGACCGAUCAGCGGCUCUUUCUCCGUAUGCGCGCACUCCUCUUCUCGCGCAUCUGCGACGGCAACAAUGCGCGAACAGUGAGUGUGGCGUGCCACCGCCACCCAGCGCUGCCUCACGUCCCACCCAAUGGAGACUGCGAAGGGGUGGUGCGAUGUGGCCGGUACCCUGCACAGUCUCUCCGCGGGGUAUGCCGGUUUCGCAUCCAGCGUCACUGGCAUCGUCUCCCGUUUUUCUGCGUACCCCUCCACAUGUGAGGCCGCUUGCUGACCACCACCUCGAAGGCGGGGUUCACCUCGCUCUUGAGCUGCACAGGCUGGAGGAGGCUACGGCGGCGCUGCUGCUGGAUGGACUGCGCAGAGCCCAUCGCAUCAUCUCGGCAGAAGUGCGACUGUGCGUGGUGACUGUGGAGGCGCGGCGCGCAGGGCAGCGUCUAGCCCACGAGGCACUGAAAGCAGCGGCACAUCACCGCCAGCGGCGAUCGCUGCGCUUGACGCAGUCUGCGGGGAGUGCUGCUGCGCGUCCGAGUCGCCUUCCGCAGGCGAGAGCGAAGGGGCAAGACGGUGUUGCUCGCUGUCGAUGGCCACCGCACACCAGCGGCCUGCGGGUCUCUCCCGGACCGGGUUUGCGCACCCCAGUCCCACCGCCACCUUCACCGCCGCAGCGUCCUCCUGCAUCACCGCGGCCAGUGACGGCAGUAGAACCAGAUGCCAGAGGCACAGAUGAAGGAGGAUGCAGACCACUGCUCUCCGUAGAGGUGCGCGGCCCACGCCAGCAGACGGCGGGGCGCCACGCGCAACAGCUUGCACCGAGGUAUCCAAUAGCGAGUGUUACGCUUCCCUGGCAAAGUGGCGGCACAUCUGUGCGGCCGCCCACGUCUCUGACGCCGUCGCCAUUCUCUGUGGCUAGUGGGGCUGCAACUAUGAGGGCACACCGUCCCGUCCUCUCGGACGAUGAGCGGGUAGGUGUACAGACCAGCCAGGCCGAUGCUUUCCGUCGUCGGGGCCGGCACGCCUCUCCUCCGCCCGCGGGAGUCGGAGCGAACGCCCUUUCCCGUCUCGUGUCACCGCAUCAACAUCUGGCGCGGGCUGGCCGGCUCUACAGCCCCCCACGAUGGGUGAGUGGUGCCCGGCCGCUUGCUACCGGUGCUGCACCUCCCCCACUGCCACUCUCCAAGGUAGCGUUUUGCCCCACCCCCCAAACUUCUUCCGCGCACAGCACUUUAUCACCUGCAGGAUUGCGGCUUGGGCUUUGCGCAUCCUUGUCGACCUCGUCGUCCUCGUGGUCGUCGCGGUCGUCAUCGCCACUACCGCGACCACCGCAGUCGACGCCGCGCCGAGCCGCCGAGGCCUUCGCGAACUUUGUGGCCCGGGAGCAGGCAGUAGAGGUUGAGAAAGGGGAAUACGCCACGCGGCCAGCUCAGCGAACACCGCCGGGCUCCGUCUCCGCGCGCCUCGACCGGCGUGGUCUCCGCCGGCUCGCCACCUUCUCUGCUCGCCCACCUCACUCACCUCCGUCCUACCCUGGCGUUCUUUGCUCUCCGCGGUACUGUCUUCGCCGCGGGAGUGACAGCCUGGGUCUGAGGGCAGAGCAUUGCCGCACCCCUCGCCCGCAGACGCCACCUUGCUGCUCUUCCUCUCGGUGCUCUUGCUUUGUAUGUCGCUCUCGCCCGCCGCGAUCUCCGGUGGCGAGCGCACGACCGGCGCCGCGCACGGCAACGCCAACAAACUUGGAGAACGCGAUACUGGCUCUUGCGGCAGCGACGGCCAGUGCGCCGCAAUCACGGCAACCCCGUAAGCACGAUGUGACCUCUGCUCGCGAAAGCAGGGAUGCUGGUGACGUCACGCCUACGACGCACUCGGCGGCGACGUCGGUGAACGGCAUUACACCGACACGGAGAUGGAGCGGAGGUGAACGCGACAGCGACAGUGCCGCCGCUUUUCACGAGGAAGCCGCGGCCUCCUCGUCGCGACGCGCCUCCCGCAGUGCGCACGCGGCGGCAGACAGCGUACACCGAUCACUGAAUAUGGACCUCGGGGAAGGCGACCAUACCAGUGCUCGACACAGUAGUGCGCGUGCGCGGGUGGAGCCGGCAGCGCGCAGGCGCGAGGGAUCACACUUGCAGGUCUCGCACACCCAGAUGCCUUCGUCUGCGCCGCUGCAGUCUCCUGAACAUCAGCAGCGUGACGAGGAGGUGGGUUACGUAGUGUACCAGAAUUCUGUGGCUUUCCUGCGCGCACGUGUGACGGAGAUCAACCGGCAUGUGGUGUGGCACCAGGUUCAGUCAGCUAAGGCCGUUGAGGCGCAUUCGAAGAGACUGGCGGAGCUGGGGGUGACGUUUUCGGACCGAGUCACGGAGGAGCUGACAGACAUCUUGAUGGUGCUCACCGACAUGGAGCAUGGGUCUCGCAUCAGCAGCCGACGCUGA